GGGUUUUGAAAGUUUGGGGGAAACCAGCUUGGAGAAGGGGCAAGAUGGAAGAGCAGAAUAUUUCUUACCAUAUCUGUCAAAGUCAGCGGUUCUACUUGUACACCCUCCCAGGCUCCCCUCCAUAUUCCUUUCCACCCACCCCAACACGCGUCUUUCUCCAUUCUCCAUUCCAAAUUCUCAGCUCUCCUAAAAUAGCUGCUUCCCCAGCCUCCUCGACUCCUCGCCAAUUCAUCCGACUUUUUGCUAUUUUUGCCUCUCAAUUUAAGCUCUGAUCCGCCCCACCAUUUUCUUUGGUUCUUCCUCUUUGGUAAGAACCCUAUUUUCUUCUUUAUUGUUAUUAUUUUUUUCAUUUUAUUCUGAAGCCCUGAUUUCAAUAAUCCUAUUGUUUUAAAUUUUCAGAAUAAUUUCUUCAUGGGUUUUUGGCUUAUUAAUUCAUUUCUACGGUUUGUUUACGAGCAGUUGGUUCAUACAUGAAUCUCCUGGCUUGAACAUUACUUGUUAUUUAGGGUGGUUUUUUUCAUUUUUCUUGUACAGUUUUUAAAUAUUUAGUUUCAAAACGAUGGGUGUGUACCAAUCGGAAUUUCGUUUCGGUAUAAUCAUGGGUCGACACUCGUUGAUGAAUUUCUAGGGUUUAAGGCUUUAAUAUUGGUUUAAAGCUUCAAAUUCUUUAAUUUUGUUGUGAAAACAAUGUCAUCUGCGGCUCUUGUACUUGCCUCAAUUAACAGUGAGGCAAUAUUUUCUCACAACCAUUUUCACACCCAACCCGGAUUGUUUUCAAACGAAUCAAUUCUGAUUUAUCUGGCGUUUUCGGGUUCAAUGAUUCCAAUGCGUGUAAUGGGGUCUGAUUCAAUUGAGGCUGUGAAACUUAGGAUCCAAAAUUGUGGAGGGUUUGUGAAGAAACAGAAAUUGGUUUGUGGGGGCAGAGAAUUGGCAAGGAGCGAUACUCUUGUCCGAGACUAUGGGGUUUCAGAUGGGAAUGUUUUUCAUUUGGUUCUCAAGCUCUCUGAUCUGCAAAUCAUCAAUGUUAGGACUGCAUAUGGAGAAGAGUUUACUUUCCAUGUUGAGAGGUCCAGGGAUGUGGGGUAUGUUAAGCAGCAGGUUGCUAAGAAGGGGAAAGGUUUGGUCGAUGUUGAAGAUCAAGAAAUUGUGUGUGAUGGCAAGCGGGUUGAGGACCAAAGACUUAUUGAUGAUAUAUGUGAGCACAGUGAUGCAGUGCUUCACUUGUUGGUUCGGAAAUCUGCCAAAAUUAGCUGCAGGCCUGUUAGAAAGAAUUUCAAAUUGUCUGUUGUGACAGCAGAGCUGAAUGAGAAGAAAGAUUAUGAUGGAGUGGAUGGAGAACGCGGCUGUGUUUCUAAGGAUAUUGUGCCGCGAAAGCCUCACAACAAAGAUGAUUGGUUGGAGCCCAUUAUUGUUAAUCAAAAGGUUGAAUUAUCUCCAGUGAUGAGGAGUUUGAUUAACUCUACUUCUAAUGGGCUCGAUGCAGGGAACUAUCCAUUGAGGUCUUCAGAGGGUACUGGGGGAGUUUACUUGAUGCCCGAUGUGUCAGGGAACCGGUAUAUUUCUGUUUUUAAGCCGAUGGAUGAAGAGCCCAUGGCUGUGAACAACCCUAGAGGACUCCCCAUUUCAACAAAUGGUGAAGGCCUCAAAGGAGGCACAAGAGUUGGAGAAGGAGCAUUUAGGGAAGUUGCAGCUUACAUUUUGGAUCACCCAAGGAGCGGGCAUCGCUCAUUUUCUAGCAAUGAGAAGGGGUUUGCUGGGGUUCCUCCCACAACAAUGGUUAAGUGCUUGCAUAAAGCAUUUAACCAUACUGGGGAUGUAAUGGUCAAGAUUGGUUCCUUACAGAGCUUCAUGGAGAACAAUGGAAGCUGUGAGGAUAUUGGUCCUGCAGGUUUUCCGGUGGAGGAGGUACAUAAGAUCACCGUCUUGGAUAUUAGAUUGGCUAAUGCGGACAGGCAUGCUGGAAAUAUUUUGAUGAGCAAAGAUGAUGAUGGCCGGACUCUAUUAAUCCCAAUUGAUCAUGGCUACUGCUUACCAGAGUCGUUUGAGGACUGUACCUUUGAAUGGCUUUACUGGCCUCAAGCUCGGGUGCCUUACAGUGCUGCCACCAUCCGCUACAUUCAAUCACUCGACGCUGAGGAAGAUAUUGCCCUCUUGCAGUUCCAUGGCUGGGAUCUGCCGCUUGAAUGUGCCCGCAUACUUCGUAUCUCUACCAUGCUUCUGAAGAAAGGAGCAGAGCUGGGGCUCACACCCUUCGCCAUUGGAAGCGUCAUGUGCCGGGAAACCUUGAAUACAAAAUCAAUGAUUGAGGAGAUUGUCCUUGAAGCUCAGGCAUCCAUGCUCCCAGAUUUCAGUGACGCUUCAUUCCUUGAAUCUGUAUCACAGAUCAUGGAUCGACGACUUAGUGAAAUCUCAGAAUGAGAUCAAUGGAGAAUGUAGGGUCCGGACAUGAAAUUUUGUCAUUUGUAAUUACUAUUUUGGACGGGGAGCGUAAGCCGUAAUUAUUACUUGCUCCAAUCAGCGUUUGACGCAUCAGAUGGGACCUACAUAUGGGGCCCCAAGGGCUGAAAUCCCUGCAGUUGGGAGCCCAAUUUGGAAGUGUAAUCAUGGAAAUUAGAAAUAUACUAAACGUAACUCUUACUCAAAAAAAAGGCAUCAGGCAGUGAUCCUCUGCACUCAACCCUUCUGAGAAAUUUUUUUCAAACAAUGGAAUCUGCGACGUGGCACUUAUCCAGCCACUGUAGAAUCAAAUCUUGUCUCCCUUGCUUUUGCUAAAUUCUAACUACUCCUUUGAGUCACUCUCUCUCAUUUUACUCCCGUCACUUUCUCGGGAAAAUACACAGAAAAGAACCAAGAAUUGCCGAGGAAGUUUACAAUUCAGCCAUGAAUGAACCUCGGCGACCAGGCCGUACGAACCUAGCUUCAUGUAUAGUGGCUACGGUCUUCUUAGUCCUCGCCGUCGCAGUUAUUGUCAUCGUUUACCUCUGCGUCUUCAAGCCUAAAGAUCCAAAGAUCGCCGUCCACGCCAUGAGGUUCCCGACGUUCUCAAUCUCCAACGGCACUGUCGACUUCACCUUCUCUCAGUACGUGGCUGUCAAGAACCCUAACCGCGAUGCCUUCACUCACUAUGACAGCUCAGUCCAGCUCGUCUACUCCGGCAGCGAGGUAGGGUUCAUGUUCAUUCCGGCCGGCAAGAUUGAUGCCGGGAGGACGCAGUACAUGUUGGCAACGUUCGCCGUGAAGUCGUUUCCGGUGACGCAGGCGCCGUUGAGUGGGGUGACGGCGUUGAAUGAUGGAGUGGGUGGGGUGGGCAUGGGAAUGGAGCCCACGAUGGAGAUCGAGUCAAGGAUGAAGCUUGUGGGUAGGGUUAGGGUAUUGUGGUUCUUCACACAUACAGUUGAUAGCAGAGUGAGCUGCAGCGUUGCCAUUGAAGUGAGUAACGGCUCUGUACUUGGAUUUCAUUGCUGAUGAUUUUGUCAGAACUCCAAAUUUUAUGGGAAAUUGCAUAUAAUUUCGUCAUUCCAUACCA